GGGAAAGCAGAGAACCUUUGCAAAACUCUGAAAUUUGUUUUGCAAAACGAAAUCAUUCAUGAGAGAAACAAUGUUGUCAUCCAUUUUUCAUGUGUUAUUGCCCCUUCUUCUUUUCCAUUUGCUGCAGGAACCUACCCAAGCAAUCAAGCAGUCCUAUGUUGUAUACUUAGGAUCACAUUCCUUUGGUUCAAAUCCUACAUCAAUUGAUGUUGAAUCAGCCACAAACUCCCACUAUGAUUUACUUGGAUCUUACGUUGGAAGCACCGAGAAGGCCAAAGAAGCAAUGUUUUAUUCAUAUAAUAGAUAUAUUAAUGGCUUUGCUGCAGUACUUGAUGAAGAUGAAGCAGCAAAUAUUGCAAAACAUCCGAAUGUAGUGUCAGUUUUCUUAAACAGAAGACAUGAACUACACACAACUCGCUCAUGGGAUUUUCUCGGGUUGGAGAGAGAAAAUGGUAAAAUUCCAAAGUCAUCAAUAUGGCAUAAAUCACUCGGUGAAGAUAUCAUUAUUGGAAAUUUAGACACAGGUGUUUGGCCAGAAUCCAAGAGUUUUAGCGAUGAAGAUCUGGGGCCAAUCCCAGCAAAGUGGUAUGGAAAAUGUGAAGUUCACGAAAAGAACAAAGAUAAAUUUCACUGUAACAGGAAGUUAAUUGGAGCAAGAUAUUUUUACAAAGGUUAUCUAGCAUCUGGUGGUUCUAAAAAUGUUUCCUUUGCUAGUGCUCGUGACGUUGAUGGUCAUGGUUCGCAUACUUUAUCAACCGCUGGAGGCAACUUUGUUCAUGGAGCAAGUGUAUUUGGUUAUGGCAAGGGAAUAGCAAGCGGAGGGUCGCCAAAAGCUCGGGUUGCAUCCUAUAAGGUGUGUUGGGGUGGAUGCUCUGAUGCUGACAUUUUGGCUGGAUUUGAAGCCGCCAUUGGUGAUGGUGUUGAUGUCCUCUCAGUGUCUUUGGGUUCAGAUUCCCUUGAAACGCUCAUCACCUUUGCUGAAAGUGGUAUAACCAUAGGGUCCUUCCAUGCAACUUCCCAUGGCGUCGUUGUUGUGGCCUCCGCGGGAAACUCAGGACCUAUUCCAUACUCUGUAACCAACCUGGAACCAUGGGUGCUCACUGUUGCUGCAAGCACAAUCGAUAGGGAGUUCUCUAGUUAUAUCACUCUUGGUAACAAAAAAAUCCUUAAGGGAGAUAGCCUUUCUCAGUCUGGCUUACCAUCUGGGAAGAUGUACCCAUUGGCCAGUGGGGCUGAUGUCAAACUCCAGAGUGCAAUUGCCACAGAUGCCCUUCUUUGUAAGAAUGGAACUCUUGAUCCCAAGAAGGCGAAGGGGAAAAUAUUGAUCUGCCUUCGAGGUGACACUGCUAGAGUUGAAAAGGGCUUCCAAGCUGCUCAGGCAGGCGCUGUGGGAAUGAUUUUGGCUAAUGACAAGGCUUCCGGGAAUGAAAUCCUUGCUGACGCUCAUGCGCUUCCUGCUUCACAUGUCAACUUUAAGGAUGGGAGUUACAUUUUUAAUUACAUCAACAAUACCAAGUCUCCCUUGGCUUACAUUUCUCCAGUGAAAACAGAAUUGGGUCUAAAGUCGUCUCCAAUUGUUGCUUCAUUUUCAUCAAGAGGUCCAAAUAUUCUUGAGGAAGCAAUCCUCAAGCCUGACAUCACUGCACCAGGAGUUAACAUUAUUGCUGCUUAUACCAAAGCCAUAUCUCCAACAGAAGAAGAAUCUGAUAAACGUAGAGUUUCUUUUACUACAAUGUCAGGCACUUCAAUGUCAUGUCCUCAUGUUGCUGGCAUUGUUGGAUUGUUAAAAUCUCUUCAUCCAUAUUGGAGUCCUGCUGCUAUCAAGUCAGCAAUAAUGACCACAGCAACUACAAAAGAUAACUCCGGAAGGAGUAUACUUGACUCGUCAUCCAUGAAGGAGGCAACCCCAUUUGCUUAUGGUGCAGGGCAUAUUCAACCUGAUCGUGCUAUGGACCCGGGGCUUGUAUAUGACCUUGAUACUUAUGAUCAUUUGAACUUCUUGUGUUAUCGUGGCUUCACCAGCUCUCAGCUUAAGGCAUUCUACCAAGGAUCUUACACUUGUCCGAAGUCAUUCAAUAUAGCAAACUUCAAUUAUCCAGCAAUCACAAUUCCUAACCUUGUAGUUGGACAUCCUUUGAAUGCUACUCGUACUCUUACAAAUGUUGGUCCCCCAAGCAAUUAUAAAGCAUACAUCAAGGCACCUCCACAUGUUUUAGUUUCAGUAGAGCCUCGCAGAUUGAGCUUUAAGGCACUGGGUGAAAAAGUGGAGUUCAGAGUUACAUUGAACUUAACUUCGCCAAUUGAGGAUUAUGUGUAUGGAAUUUUGGUUUGGACCGAUGGUAAACACCAUGUCAAUACACCUAUUACAGUCAAGAUGCAUUCUAAGUAGCCACACUAGUGGGUUUUUAGGUUCAUGUGCAUUUCCUAUCAAUUAUGUAAAGUGCUUUCUGUUUCUUUUCAUUAUGGGAAUAAAGGCUACAUUAUGUGAGUUUUAGGUUCAUGUGCAUUUUCCUAUCAAUUAUGUAAAGUGGUUUCUGUUUCUUUUCAUUAUGGGAAUAAAGGCUACUUUAUGUGUGAGUUUUGGUCUUUUUCUAAAAUCUGUGUAUUCUAAUGAAAUUCUCAAUCCCUUCUCAUGACCUUCCAUGCUUGAAUAAAACUUGAUGGUACUGUAAACAGU